GUUGUUAGUUUAUUUGACUUGUUUUGAUCGCCUUGGCUUUCUGCAUGAAGUGUUCAUAUGCUGCAGGAAGCUGCUCUCCUUUGCAGCUAAGCUCUGCUCAAGUAUCUUUCCUGUUAGUGUAGAGCAAGUGGAUUUCUCAGGGCAGCGGACCUAAAAUGCCGCCUGCACGUAGAGAUGUUGGCCCUGAAAUUGAGGCUGCGCUCAAGGAGCGGAUCAUGAUCUUUGAUGGAGCCAUGGGCACUAUGAUCCAGCGUCAUCGGUUGGAGGAAGAGGAUUUUAGAGGUGAAGAGUUUGCUGAUCACCCCAAGUCGUUGAAAGGCAACAAUGAUUUUCUUGUUCUAACUCAGCCGGAGAUUAUCAAGGAUAUCCAUCGGCAAUACUUGCUUGCUGGAGCAGAUUUCACUGAGACGAACACAUUCUCUGGUACAACGAUAGCACAGGCUGACUAUGCCUGUGAACAUUUGGUGUACCGUAUUAACAAGGUUGCAGCUGAGCUUGCUGUAUCUAUGUGUGAAGAGGUGUCCUUGGCAACAGGUGUGAAGCGAUAUACAGCUGGAUCUAUUGGACCCACUAACCGCACUCUAUCUAUUUCGCCAUCGGUUGAGAAGCCAGACUAUCGCAACAUUACAUUUGAUGAGCUGGUAGUGGCUUACAAGGAGCAGGCCCGAGCACUGUAUGAUGGUGGUGUACAUGUCAUGCUCGUGGAGACUAUUUUCGACACCUUAAAUGCAAAGGCUGCUCUUUUUGCCUUGGAUGAGCUCUUCCUGGAACCUGGGUACGAGCGCCUUCCUAUCUUUAUUUCGGGCACUAUUGUCGAUAAAAGUGGACGCACAUUAUCAGGACAGACGGGCGAAGCAUUUCUGAUCAGUGUUGAGCACAGCAGACCUAUGUGUGUGGGUCUAAACUGUGCUCUGGGUGCAGUUGAAAUGAGGCCAUUCAUUGAGAACAUUGGUCUGCACACGGAGAACUACAUUAUCUGCUAUCCCAAUGCUGGUCUACCUAAUGCGAUGGGUGACUAUGAUGAAACUCCGGCCAUAACAUCCGGACAUAUCAGGGACUUUGCUGAAGCCGGCUUGGUCAACCUUGUUGGAGGCUGUUGUGGCACAACCCCACCACAUAUCAAGGCCAUAGCCGAGGCAGUCAAGCCUUUCAAGCCCCGCGUCCCUCAACAACAUCUAGCAGAUGACGAGUGCCUCCUCUCCGGCCUGGAGCCGAUGCGAAUGGGUGCUGAUACUUUGUUUGUCAAUAUUGGAGAGCGAUGUAAUGUGGCUGGAUCUCGUCGUUUUGAACGCCUCAUCACAUCCGGAAAGUAUGAGGAAGCACUGGCAAUUGCCAAACUUCAGGUGGAGAACGGUGCCCAGGUGCUUGACAUCAACAUGGACGAGGGAAUGUUGGACGGUGUGGCGGCUAUGACCAAGUUCGUCAAUCUCAUCUCAUCUGAGCCUGAAGUGUCACGAGUGCCACUUUGCAUUGACUCUUCGAACUUUGCUGUUGUCGAGGCCGGCUUGAAGUGUACCCAGGGUAAAUGCAUCGUGAACAGUAUCAGCUUGAAAGAAGGAGAGGAAGACUUCCUGAAGAAAGCCACUAUUGUUAAGCGUUACGGUGCUGCUGUGGUGGUCAUGGCGUUUGACGAAGUUGGCCAGGCAACAAGUACUGAGGACAAGGUCAGGAUAUGUACUAGAUCGUAUCGACUGCUUGUUGAUAAGCUGAAUUUCAAUCCGAAUGAUAUCAUCUUUGAUCCGAACAUCUUAACGAUUGCCACAGGAAUCGAAGAACACAACAAGUAUGGCAUUAACUUCAUCGAGGCAGUGCGCGAAAUCAAGGCAACUCUUCCUCACUGCCGGUGUAGUGGUGGUCUCUCAAAUUUCUCCUUCUCGUUCCGUGGUAUGGAAGCUGUGCGAGAAGCUAUGCACAGCGUCUUCCUCUACCAUGCAAUCAAGGCUGGCCUUGAUAUGGCUAUUGUUAAUGCUGGAAACCUCCCAGUUUAUGAUGAUAUUCCGAAAGAGCUACUGGACAUGUGCGAGAACCUACUCUGGGACAAAGAUCCGAAUGGCACCGAGAAACUGCUGGAGUAUGCUCAGAACAUGAAGGCAGGCGCAAAGAAGACAGGUCCUACAGAUGAGUGGCGGCAGAAGAAUGUUGAGGAACGCUUGGAGUACUCGCUUGUCAAGGGUAUUGAUAAGUUUGUUGUUGAAGACACAGCAGAAGCUCACCUGUGUAUCGAGAAGUACCCGCGGCCACUGAAUGUCAUUGAAGGUCCUCUUAUGAAGGGCAUGAGUGUUGUAGGUGAUCUCUUCGGAGCGGGCAAGAUGUUCCUGCCACAAGUGAUCAAAUCUGCACGUGUCAUGAAGAAGGCCGUUGGCUACUUGAUUCCGUUCAUGGAGGAGGAGAAGAGGAACCGCAUCAAUCAAAUGCGCGAGUCAAAUCCUGACAUCGAGAGCAAUGAGAGCAUGUAUGCAGGAACGAUAGUGUUGGCAACAGUAAAAGGCGAUGUCCAUGACAUUGGCAAGAACAUUGUUGCUGUAGUACUGGGCUGCAAUAACUACCGGGUGAUUGAUCUGGGAGUGAUGACACCAUGUGACAAGAUCCUGAAAACGGCCAUUGAAGAAAAAGCUGAUGUCAUUGGCCUUUCUGGGCUGAUCACUCCAUCCUUGGACGAAAUGAUCUAUGUGGCGAAGGAGAUGCAGCGUAGUGGAAUCAAGUUACCGCUACUUAUUGGUGGUGCCACGACAUCUCGUACACACACAGCUGUUAAGAUUGCGCCUCGUUAUGCAUCACCUUGCAUCCAUGUGUUGGAUGCAUCCAAAAGCGUUGUUGUGGUUUCCUCGCUGCUGGAUGAAGUACGCAAGGAAGAAUUUGUGGAGGAUAUGAGCGAGGAGUAUGAGGAUAUUCGUCAAGACUAUUACGACUCUCUCGAGGAAAGGAAGUAUGUCAGCCUUCAAGUGGCUCGCAAGAAAUGUGCACAAUUUAAUUGGCAGACCUUUGAGGCAGUGGCUCCUAAGUUCUGUGGCUCUCAAGUGUUCAAGGACUAUGACCUGAACACGCUGCGAAAGUUCAUUGACUGGAAGCCAUUUUUCGAUGUGUGGCAAUUGCGUGGCAAAUAUCCCAACCGUGGAUUCCCUAAGAUCUUCAAGGACAAAGAUGUUGGUGCUGAAGCACAGAAGGUGUAUGACGAAGCAAACACGCUUCUUGAUGACAUCAUUAAUAACAAACUUCUUACAGCUCGAGGACAGGUUAGCUUCUACCCAGCGCAAAGUGAUGGCGAUGACAUCAUACUGUUUGAGGACCUGGAGUCGCUGGCGGCCGGUAAAUCCAUGUCUAGGCUGUAUGGCUUGCGUCAACAGUUGGAGAAAGAAGCAGCAGCUGUUGAGCCCUACACAUGUCUAUCUGACUUCAUUGCGCCAGUGUCUUCUGGAAAAGUCGAUUACAUUGGCAUGUUUGCUGUUUCAGCAGGCUUUGGUGUGUCCGAGCUGUGUGAGGAGUACAAGAGUCAGAUGGAUGAUUACAAUGUCAUCAUGGUCAAGGCCCUUGCUGAUCGCCUAGCUGAAGCUUUCGCAGAGGAACUUCAUAUGCAAGUGCGACAACAUCUCUGGGGAUAUGCACCGGAUGAACAGUUGCAUACUGAAGAUCUACUCAAGAUCAAAUACGAUGGUAUUCGCCCUGCACCAGGUUACCCUAGCCAGCCAGACCACACCGAGAAGAGAACUAUGUGGAAAGUCAUGGAUGCCUUUGCCAAGACUGGUAUUGAGCUGACUGAGUCACUGGCUAUGUCUCCAGCCGCUUCUGUCUCUGGUCUCUAUUUCGCACACCCACGCUCCACUUACUUUGCCGUGGGUAAAGUACUGAAGGACCAGGUGGAAGACUAUGCACACCGCAAGGGAGAAUCACUGGAGGAGGUGGAACAAUGGCUUGGUCCUAUUCUCGGCUAUGAGCCAGCAUAAUGUAUUGCUUACAGAGCUAGCUUACUUGACUUGUGUGGCAGCGGAGCAAAGCCAAGUUGCUCCAUGCUGCCAAGUUGCUCCAUGCUGCCAAGUUGCUCCAUGCUGCCAAGUUGCUCCAUGCUGCCCCUUUGGAGCAUAUGCUUACAUGUACAUGGUCCUGUAUACACUCAGACACCCACACCCACACACACACACACCCACACACACACACACCCACACCCACACACACACACCCACACACACACACACCCACACCCACACCCACACCCACACACACACCCACACCCACACCCACACCCACACCCACACACACACCCACACCCACAGGACCUGUGGAAUGAUUCCAGAAUUAGAAAUAAUGUUUCAUCGAUUUCAUUUAUUCUUCUCCAUCUUCAAUCGAAUAUAUUAUUACCUCAUGUCAUCUCAUGUGAUAGCUUUGUAUUGUGUUUUUAUGCCGUAAUCCCUUUAGGACAGUCCCCAGUUUAGUGGUUGUAGGAAUGCAGGAAUGGCAAUUUAGUUCCAGCUCUAUUUAUUUCAUUGUACUCUUUUAAAUUAUUUUCCAUCAUUUUGCUGUGCUGCUACCCUAUUUAUUGGUUGUCUGGUAGAACUCAUUGUGCCCCUCUCUCCCCCAACUCAUUGUGCCCCCUAUCUAUCCCCCCAGCUCAUUGUGCCCCCUAUCUAUCCCCCAGCUCAUUGUGCCCCUCUCCCUAUCUAUCCCCCCAACUCAUUAUGCCCCAACUCAUUGUGCCCCCUCUCCCUAUCUCUCCCCCCCCCCCCAACUCAUUGGGCCCCCUCUCCCUCUCCCUAUCUCUCCCCCAACUCUCCCCCAACUCACUGUGCCCCUCUCCCCCCCCCCCCCCACACUCAUUGUGCACCCUCUCCCCUCUCUCCCUCCUCCAGUAGUGUGGUGGGACCCAGUCACUCUGUACUGUUGUUGUUUUUAAUGAUGGUAACUCUUCUGUGCGCAAUAAGGUGUGCAUUGAACAUCUCCUCCUCAGAAGGAGUGUACCGGGGAACGUGUAACACAAUACUCAAAAUGC